AUGAGUUUUGCUCCCAGCACAACGUCCGUCAAGUUAGUGCUUCUCGGAGAGGCUGCUGUCGGUAAGUCUUCGCUAGUCUUGAGAUUUGUAAGCAACGAUUUCCAAGAGAACAAGGAACCGACCAUUGGUGCCGCUUUCUUGACCCAGAAAUGUACAGUGGGAGACCGAACAAUAAAGUACGAGAUCUGGGAUACUGCUGGACAAGAGCGUUUUGCGUCAUUGGCACCAAUGUACUACAGAAACGCACAGGCUGCGUUGGUCGUGUACGAUAUCACCAAGCCGGCCUCGUUCAUCAAGGCCCGCCAUUGGGUUAAGGAAUUACAUGAGCAGGCCUCCAAAGACAUCACAAUUGCUCUUGUCGGCAAUAAGUACGACCUUGUUGCAGACGAUAAUGAUUCCGACGACUCCUUGAGGAAAGUUAGCAUGGAGGAAGGAAAGGCAUUGGCUGAGGAGGAGGGUUUAUUGUUCUUUGAGACCUCGGCCAAGUCUUCCCACAAUGUAAAUGAGGUCUUUGUUGCCAUUGGUAGUAAGAUUCCAGAGGCCAAACCUGUCACUGAAGAGCUCGGGUCUCGACCAGGAAAUGUGGGCCGUAUUGACUUAAGCGGUCCGGCUCUGCGGUCUAAUCUGUCUGACUGUGCAUGCUAG